UCUGACGGCAUUCGACGUGUAUUGUGUGUCCAGUAGAUGGUAUUCUAAAAUGAGAAAGGCCUCUCUUCUUUUGAUGGUGUUAAUUCUGGACGUCGCAGAUCCUAAAGGUGAAAGGAAAGUUGAUAACAAUGUAUCUAUUGGACCACCGGAACCCCAGGCCAUCUGGCCCGUGACUGAUCACCUACACAAUAAUACAGCAUACGGGGUCCUGAAAAAUUUGUACGGGGUUUAUCAUGAAGUUCUUUAUACAACACCGGGACCGGAAGUUGGCCUUGCUUCACUCAAGUUCGACGCUGAAAAAAGUUCCUUUAUGACGUUUUUUAAUGACGGGUCCUUGGACGGUUUCCAUGCAGUCACCUGGAUAUUUUAUGUGAAACCAGCUUUUCAGCAAAAAGCCGUGUUGAUGCAUUAUGCUGGAGAUGGUACGUAUCCCGGCAUGGAGCUGAGGUUGAGAUCAGACGACACUCUAGAACUUCGUAUCUAUAUAUGUGAUCCUUUGGGAUGUACGAAAAAAAACUUCAAGUCUGCAGGCACCACUGCUCCUCCAGGGGUAUGGACUCUCGUGGGAAUCACCUUCAAUAAAUUGUGGCCGUCUCCCGAGUUUGAUAUAAUGACACCCGACAAAUCAGCAGACAAAUUCACGAUUACUACGCAAAUGGAGCAUCUUCGACUGUCGGGAAACAUCCACUUCGGAGUAUCCUAUAGAGACAAAGACUACUUCACGGGAGAAAUGUCCUGUUUCCAGUUUUAUAAUACAUCUAUCAUAGGAAAAACCCAAAAGGGCACUCCUGACCUGUGUGACCCCAACACGUACGCCUAUCCGGAAUAUGGUGAUCCGAUUGCCAGCAUUGAUUUCUACAACAUGAUGUUACCCACAACUGUAGACAAAAUAACACAGGUCAUCACAACUGGGAGCACAAUGACGGAAAUGACGUCAGUCGAUGAUCUGACGUCAUUUAAUGCGAUGACGACAACAGAUAUAAUGCAAGGAGAAAGGAAUAUGACGACGACUGGUUUCCAGUCCGCAGUGACGACAGCAGAUAUAACAGUGAACGAAGAGGGAAAUGUAACGACUCAGACCACAGUGCUGACAACUCAAAUUCCGGAAGCGGCAGAUUUUCCUGGACCGGAAACAUCGAUUCCCAUUGAGGAGCGGGUUCAGGAUUGCUGCUCCAAAUUUCUUCUGGUGGGAAAACAGCUUACCCUGGCGUCACCAACGUCAACUGCUACCGCCGGAAGCUGGUCAUCAUGCACCAGAAUCUGUCUCACUGACGUCACAUGUAAUUACGUUGCCUUGGAUACUGUUAGUGGUCUGUGUUCGUUAAGUACAGAUUCUGUAACAGUUUCACAUCCAACAUCUUCUGUGUUUGAAAAAUCAGUGGACACGAAUUGCUAAAGAAUUUUCACAUACUGAAUGUGUUUUUCUUUCUUUGGUGCCAUCUUCUCGAAGUACUAGUAUUCAGCACAACAUUCUAACGAAUUGUUUUUACGCUGAAGUCUACACACUGAGUUUCCCACACAUAUUUCCAAACUGUUGGUUCCAAACUUCUCAAUUAUUAAUAAAUCUUGGGAUGACUGGAUAGUGAACAUCUAAAACAAAUCCUCUUCUAUGUUAUUGGCUGCUCUCCUUCUUCUUUUAUCUACAAUCCCUCUGGACAUUUACUUACCAGUGAUGUUAAUAAAGAUGAAAAUGAAGACCUUAAAGCAAUUAUCUUGAUAAAUCCUUAACACACUGGUGAACCCAAGAAAACAUUUCAUUAUGAUUUUUAUGUUUAACAUAUAAAAGAAGAUUUAUUUGAAUGGACUAACUGCUCCAGAAACAUAUACUAAUAUCAAAGAUAACAUUAGAUUUGAAAGGAUACCGAAUGGGCCAAUCUCCUAUCCUUCCGUUUUCAGUAAAUCAGAGGUGAUAUAAAAGAAUUAGAAGACUACAUGAACAAUAUGUCGUGGUUCUA